AUGGAAGUUUAUAUAGCUGUUCCAUUACUUCAACAUUUAACAAUUAUUUUACGUUUACAUAAAGCUAAAAGAAGGCGUAUACAACAACAACAAAUGGCUGCUGGUUAUGGAUAUGAAAGGCAGGGAAGAAGAUAUCAUGACAUAACUAGAUUAGCUAAAACAAGCCGGUACAGGGGGAAUGAAAAAAUUAUAAAAGAUUUUUUAAGUUUUGAAUCAGAGGAAAGUCUUGAAUUAACAGAAACACCUCCUAUAUUAAUUAGUGCACCUCCAAGAAUUGAAGUAACUACAGAAUUACCUCAGCAACUUUUACAAGUACAUGAAAGGUUACAUGAACAACAAAGAAAGGAAAUAAAUGCUUUGGGGACUUCUUUUGAUUAUCAAUUAGCAGGUCAACACCACGAAGGCCGAGCUUUUCUUCGUACUCAAGGCCGUGUAUAUUCUGAAGAAUCUAGUGUUUCUUCUUAUGGGGCAACAACAACAACAGAACCUAAACAAGGAAUAUAUUCAAUGGAAAUGAGCGGACAAUUACUUGAAGGAAUGGAUAGAUUACGUCCUAUGAAACGUUAUGAAUCUGAAACUUCAAUUGAUUACGAAGAAAGAGCUGGUGAGAAAAAAUGUUUUUUCUGCUAA